AUGUCAAUGAAAAACCGAACAGUCAUCUCCCAGUUCCUACUUCUGGGACUGCCUAUCCUCCCAGAGCACCAGCACCUGUUCUACACCCUGUUCUUGGCCAUGUACCUCACCACCAUCCUGGGGAACCUCAUCAUCAUCAUCCUCAUUAUAUUGGACUCCCAUCUCCAUACACCCAUGUACUUGUUUCUCAGCAAUUUGUCCUUCUCUGACCUCUGCUUUUCCUCUGUCACGAUGCCCAAGUUGCUGCAGAACAUGCAAAGCCAGGACACAUCCAUCUCCUAUGAUGGCUGUCUGACACAAAUGUACUUUUUAAUGGUUUUUGGAGAUAUGGAGAGCUUUCUUCUUGUGGUCAUGGCCUAUGACCGCUAUGUGGCCAUCUGCUUCCCUCUGCAUUACAACAGCAUCAUGAGCCCCAAGCUCUGUGUGUGUUUGGUGCUGCUGUCCUGGGUGUUUACCAUGUUGUAUUCCCUAUUGCACACUUUACUCUUAGCUAAAUUGUCAUUCUGUGAGGACAAUGUAAUCCAUAAUUUUUUCUGUGACAUAUCUGCCCUGCUCAAGUUGGCCUGCUCUGACAUUUAUAUUAAUGAACUAAUGAUAUUUAUCUUGGGAGGGCUUGUCAUUGUCAUCCCAUUCUUACUCAUUGUUGUGUCCUAUAUACAAAUUGUCUUCUCCAUUCUAAAGGUUUCACCUACUAGAGUUAUUCACAAGAUAUUCUCCACCUGUGGCUCCCACCUAUCUGUGGUGUCACUGUUCUAUGGGACAAUUAUAGGUUUAUACUUAUGUCCAUCAGCUAAUAACUCUACUGUGAAGGAGAUUGUCAUGGCCAUGAUGUACACAGUGGUGACUCCCAUGCUGAAUCCCUUCAUCUACAGCCUGAGGAAUAGAGAUAUGAAAGAGGCACUGAUAAGAGUCCUUUACAAGAAGAAAAUCUCUUUAUAA